AGAGUACAAGUAUUGCAAGGUCAUCGAGUGCACCGAGGAGUUCACUUCUAAGACAUGUGAGCAUUGCAGACAAAUCAAUGGCAAACUGGGUGAUUUCGAUGCAAUUUGUGUGACUUUGGGACUUGAAUCUUUAUGA